GUGUAGGCGUGGCGUGUGACAGCGUGCCGGGAGUGCCUCGAGAAACCCACAGCAGAACAGUAAAUCCAGUCUGGCCACCACGUUAACGUUUUAGUGGAAUUUAGCCUACAUUUUGCUCAACGUUACCCUCUGCUGCUAGUUAAAAAGGGGUUAAUUAAUAGCAGGCUAUUUGAGAGGAUAAGUUUGUAACUUACCUGCCCGACUGCGAAAAAAAGAGAACGCCCAGCUGCACAGCAUCUCUCAAAUCGAGGUGAGGUGUGCGCUCUCUCUCUGACUGAUGCCGAGGCACCGCUGCCGUAGUGGAUGAGAACCAGUACACCAGAAACGUUUGACAUCUCUGUCGGAGCCCCAAACAGACAAGGCUACCUCCCACUUGAUGACAGACGACAUUUAAGACAGACAGGGAUCUCCAGCCAAUGAUGUAGAUGAGGAUGAUGAAGGUACAUAGGGAAGGCUGUGUGGGGAGGAAGAGCAGCGCCUGACUCUCCUCUCUUCCACUUCCUCAUCCACUCUGAGCCGAACCCUCUAAUUGGGCGGACGGAGCACAAUGUCAUCGACCACGCACACCUCAGCCCCGCAUCCCAAGAAGACGCGCGGGAAGGAGAGGACUGAGGUCAUGGGUGACUUUGCGCAGACAGCCAGUGAGGAGUUUCGGAACAAGCUGAUGGACCUCCAGAUAGAAAUGCAGCAGGAGAAGGGCAAGGUCUCUAAGCUGAGAGAGCGUCUCCAGGAGCAGAGGCAAGCCAGGGAACUAGAACAACACAAACACACGGUUGUCCUCACCGACCUCCGCGCCAAACUGCACGAGGAGAAGCUCCGCGAGCUGGCCGCCGCCCGCGAGGCGUUGGCACGUCAACACGAGUUGGAGCUGGCGCGUACCAUUAAGAUCCGCGACGGGGAAGUGCACCGGCUGCAGGGGCUGGUCCACGCACUGAGGGACGGGGCUGCGGACAAGCUGAAGAGUGCCCUGCUAGGGGAGGCCCGGGAGGAGGCCAGGAGGUCCUUCGAUGGGGAGAGACUCAGACUACAGCAGGAGGUCCUGAAGCAGGAGACAGCACGGAAGCAGGUUGAGGAGGCUCUGUCUAACACGCUGCAGGCAGACAAGGCCAAAGCAGCCGACCUCCGAACAGCCUACCAGCAGCACCAGGAUGAGAUCAAUCGCAUCAAGAGAGACUGCGAGAGAGACAUCCGCCGGGUGAUGGAUGAGCUGAAGGGGAAGGACCGUGUGGUGUCAGCGUUGGAGAGGGAGCUGGGGGUGCAGGCUGGUUAUGCCCAGAAGCUCCAGCUGCAGAAGGAGGCUCUGGAUGAGCAGCUGGGUCAUGUCAGGGAGGCAGAGAGGCAUCACAGCAGCCCCAAGAGAGAGGUGGCCCUGGGGGACACCUCUGACUACCUCAACAACCAGGAUGUGGAAGAUAUUCGGGAUGCGAGGAGGUCCCAGCUGAAGAUAGCUGAGCUCCACUCUGUUACCAGGAAGCUGGAGGACAGAAACACCCUGCUGGCAGAUGAGAGGAAUGAACUGUUAAAGCGGGUGCGUGAGUCAGAGAGUCAGAUGAAGCCACUCUUAGAUAAAUAUAUGAGGAUGUCGAAGAAGAACAAUGAUCUCCUUCAGACUCUGCAGCGCAUGGAGGAGAAACUCAAGAACCUCAGCAGAGAGAAUGCAGAGAUGAAGGAGAAUGUGCGCUCUCGUUCCCAGCAGCCUCACCCCCAGCAGCUGAAGAGGCCUACCUCACUGACAGACCUAAGUCAGGCCCACGAGGAACAGGAAGUAGAGUUCCUUAAGCUGCAGGUUGCCGAGCAACAAGGCAUCAUUGAUGAGCUCUCGCAGGAAUGUGACAGACUGAUGCUCUGCAAAAAGACCCGGAGGAAACCCCUCAAGCUACCACCUAAAAGGCAUGUUGUGGAGACAUAUUUUGGAUUUGAUGAGGAGUCUGUGGACUCUGAGACGUCGUCUCUGACCUCUUACAACACUGACCUCACAGACUGCACCCCUGCCACACCCGAGGAGGACCUGGAGGACGGUGUCUCUCGUGAAGAGUCAGAGCUGCGCUUCAGACAACUGACCAGAGAGUACCAGGCUCUCCAGCGGGCCUACGCCCUACUACAGGAACAGACUGGGGGGUCACACGAUGCUGAGAGAGUGGCCAGGAACCGUGAGCAGCUGCAGGCGGAUCUGAUUGGGUGCCAGGCGAAGAUCGCCGACCUGGAGAAGGCAUUGGCUGAGAGGGGGCAGGACUCUAAGUGGGUGGAGGAGAAGCAGUACCUCAUCAGGACCAAUCAGGAACUCCACGACAAGAUGUAUGUGUUACAGCAAGCUGAGUGGAAGCUGCAGGCGGCGGUACAGGACUCGAGGGACCAGAAUGAGCUGCUGGAGUUCAGAGUGCUAGAGCUGGAAGAGAGGGAACACAGGCUUCCUGCCAUGGGAUUCCACAUGACUACCUUCCCAGAGAACAGCAACAGCGCUCUGCAGAUCUUCUGUCACCAGGAGGGAAUCAAGGACGUGGUUAUUCCAGAUCUGAUGAAGAAACUGGAUAUCCUGGGAGAUAAUGGGAACUUGCGUAACGAGGAGCAGAUUGUUGUCAUCCAGGCUGGGAUGGUUCUGUCAAUGUGUGAGAAGUGGUUAAAGCAGAUCGACAGCACAGAGGCAGCCUUGACCCAGAGGAUGAUUGACCUGGAGAAUGAGACGGACCAGUUCAGUAAGCAGAAGGGUUUCAUGGAGGAGGAGCUGGACUACAGGAAGCAGGCCCUGGAUCAGGCCUACAUGAGGAUCGCAGAGCUGGAGGCGACUCUGUAUAGCGCUCUGCAGCAGGAGCCGGGGGGGCGUGCGGUCGCAGAGUCUCUGUCGGACAGGCAGAGGGAGGAGCUGGGGCUAGCCGUGGACAAACUGCGGAGACAGAUGCUCAGGCAAAGCCGCCAGUAUGACAGUCAGAUCUUACAGGAGCGCCUGGAGCUCCUACAGCAGGCCCAGCAGAGAAUAAGACAGUUGGAAGGCAUGCUUGACAUGCAAAAGAGACAAGUCAAGGAAAUUGAAGAAAAGCUUUUAUUAUUGGGCCUUAAUGACACUGACACGGACCGACAUCAGGUGCCAAGGCGCUCAGGUGGAGAGUGAGGAAGAAACAUGUAUGUUUUUUUUUAGAUGGUUCACAAACCUUAUGGCUUUUUUUGAUAAACAUGCACUUUUAACCUGGGAUGCAGAACAUAACAAAACCAUGACUUUGAAAAGUGAACAAAUCCCAGAGACAUAUAAAGAGAGGUACAUCAGUGUUUUUUUAAUAGAAAGGAAGUCUCGCCUACAGUUCUGGAAGUGGAACAAUUAGCCAAACUCUAACGUGAGUUCUAAAAAUCAUAAACAUUGUGGCUGCAACACUGAAGCGGGUCAAUAAGGACAACAUUGAUUGAGACAGUGCCUCAGAUGAAUUUAGAACCACACAACGAAAGAGUGCAAUCGGAGAGGAGGGAGAAAGAGGAGGAGAAGAAGAAGGGGGAAAGAUGGGGAGGGGGAAAGAAAGCAGAUGGCCUUUCUAACACAGACUAGCCAAGUCCUGGGCACUGGACAUUCCCGGAAAGCUCAGCGCAUGAAGGUCUCCAUGGAAACGUCUGUCACGGCCACGUUGAAAGGGUAAGAAGUGAAAGCUCUUAGUAGGUACCGCAGUAGAGACACCAGAGGACUGAGGGGACGGGAGGAGUCUAGACGGUGGACGACAACAAAGACUCUUCA